AUGAUCUUCGGCCGUGCUGGUGAGGAAAUGGAGGAGCUAGCGGCGGCCGGCGUCCCUUACGAGGUUGUUCCCGCCGUCACCGCUUGCCUAGCAGCAGGGGCCGACGCUCGGAUACCAUUGACCUUUCGUAAUUGUGCCACCUCUCUUCGAGUCCACACGAUGAACCCCUCCACCAUCAAAGAUGAGCGGUUUGACUGGUCGCAAUUUGGCGCCCCCAGCGCGACCUUCGCCCUCUACAUGGGGUUGAACGUCGUCGAGAGUGUCACGCAAAAGAUGAUGGCCGCGGGAGUUUCUGGCGCCAUGCCCAUGGCCCUCGUGGACAGGGCGUCGCUGCCAGAGAUGCAGGUCGUCACGGGGACGGUUGCCACUCUUGCAGCAGCAGUUAGAGAUCGCAAGGAUUUACCAGGGCCAGCAUUGAUUCUCAUGGGUGAGGUUGUUGGUCUGCGAGACCGGGUUGCAGGAAGCCUGCCACCUCCUAGCAGCCCCACGCAGCCUGCUUUGGCUCCAAUUCUCUCGAAGCUUCCAACUUUGGGCUUGCUGCUCAGACAACUGGUGAAGCCCACAGCAAGUUGCUAA